CACUUGUCCAAAAACUCCUCCUUUAAGCAUUUUCGAUUGUUAUUAUUAGUCUCCGUUCAACAUUCCCCCAGAAACUAGUAGUCUUUUAGAUCUAGAUGGAAACACCUUCAUCAACGAGAAGAGUGACGAGAUCUCAGACCCUCUCUGCCAUGAAAGGCUCCGCCACCAAUCAUCUCUUAUCAUCAAAGAAACCAGAGGAGCCGAAAUCAAGGCAAAGAAACGGUGCAACACCGAAGCAAGACAGGUUAGCAUUGUUCGACAUAACCAACGACUCUCCAAUCGUAGGACUGGCGAUGCAGACUCCAUCUUCAGGAGUGGUUGGGAAGAGCAGAAUCAAGAGCACUCCUGGAUCUGGUGAGGCUCUCUUGAGAGGCCAAGUCAAGAAUCUGUUGCAGAAGGUUGAAGAAGAAGAGGCACAUCACCUUAUUACAAAGUAUUCAGUUGAAUCUCGUCCCUUCAUCCAUCUAGUUACUUCUCCCAUGGGACUUCUUGCCCCAACUCCGGCCAACACCCCACAAGUUCUUGAUGCAGUGCAGCAGAUUGUUAUCACAUCUCCCGUUGUCUCGGCACAGCUGAGAGCAGCAGCAUCUUCUUCUUCUCAGGUGGAUGAAAGCGAGGUGAUUGUGGUGGAGAAAGAGGAGAGCUGCUUAGACAAGAGUCCGAGCAUAACAAGGUCAUUGCUGCUGGAUUUUAGUGAUAAGUCAGAGCUGUGGGAGAGCUCGGACUGUUCUUCUGUGGUGACUCAGAACCCAGAGGAUGAUAACUCCUCUGUGUGGUCGAUGCAAGUCAACGCAAGUACCAAAGACGAAGAGGAUGAUGAAGAAGAAGAAGUAGUGUAUCCUUACAGGGAGAGAGAUGAUGAUGAAGAGGAAUACUACUACGAAGAGGAUGAGGAGGAAGUGGAUGGGUUGAGCGAGGGAAUGAGAAAGAUGAGCUUCGCAGGGAAGCACACUCGGUUUGUGUAUGACAGUGAACUUGAAGAAAUGGUGGAGGCUGAAGAGCAAACUCCAGGAGUGCUGCGUUUGAAAGUUUUUCCCUCACCAACAGGAAAACAUCAUGUUAGAUUCACCGACGAAGAAGACGAAUGAUAUAACUCCAUUUUUAUGAGUUGUGGACAAAGCAGCCUCACAUUUGUCUCAACUUUUCUUAUAAUUGUUUUGUUUUGGGGUUCCCAGUUCUGGUACUUGUUGUGCCUAUUAUUACAUUGGUGUUAUUUUUCAAUAACUAAAGUGUAAUCGGAUUAUGAUGUUUUCUUGUUUUUCUAAGCUUCUCUUGCUUGUUAUGUGUGCAAAGGCUUUUGAAUACAACGGCAGUCCAUCAAAAG